UGAUCAAAGCGGCGAGUUACAGCGAGGUUAACGGCGAAUGGCAGAACCUUUCGCGGAAAAUCGAUUAAAUCCAGGCAGACCGUGGUGAGACUCACGACUAUGUACUACGUUGUCGCGUGAUCGUCGCCGUUGUUCGAUAUAGAGAGUUUGGCCGAUGGCGGCUGUCAACUGGCGUAUCCCAGCCCACGGUCGAACGGUUCUCGACCGUUUCUCAGGAAAUCUCGCCUGUUCCGCUCCGAAAAUAGCCGCGGCGCGCUCGCAUUGAACGCGCUCACGACACUAUUUAUGCGAUUGUUCGACUAGGGAGCCUCUUAUAUGACAUCGGGCAAGGAAACGAUGGGUGAGCAGCCAAUCUUUACGUGCAAAGCGCACGUAUUUCACAUUGACCCAAAAACCAAGCGGUCUUGGGUAUCUGCAUCAACAGCGGCAGUAUCGGUUUCAUUCUUCUAUGAUUCCACCAGAAGUUUAUAUAGAAUAAUCUCAGUUGAAGGAACAAAGGCCGUGAUAAAUAGCACGAUUACACCGAAUAUGACUUUCACAAAGACAUCACAGAAAUUUGGCCAGUGGUCGGAUGUUAGAGCAAAUACCGUGUACGGUCUGGGUUUUUCAUCCGAGGCUGAGCUGGGCAAGUUUAUCGAAAAGUUUCACGAGGUAAAGGAGGCCACCAAGUUAGCUAGUGCCAAGUUACAGUCAAACAGUUCUUCGGUUACGCCAGCCACCAGCGCAAAUGUCAGCCCAAUUACGUCUCGAUCGGGUAUGCCGUCGUCGGAACAAGACCUGAUCGAUCCACCAAACUCUUCGAUGAUCAACUCCAACGUGUCGGCGUCAAACAAUCCAAAUCCGAAUGCCAAUAUGAUUUCCGCUCAGAACAGUGUAUCUUCGGUAAGCAGCAGUCCUUUACCUGGUAGUUGUCAAAAUAAAGUGGACGACGAAUUGAAAAACACAGUCCAUUCAAGAUCACAGAGUGUUUCUCAGCAGAGUACAGAUAGUCCGCAGCAUCAAGGGAAAUCGGCGCAAUUAAGCUCUACGCAAAGUGGCCAAUCCGCUGAGGUGCAGCUCAAGUAUGAGAACGAUAGGCUGAAACUCGCUCUAGCUCAAAGCUGUGCUAAUGCAAAAAAAUGGGAGGUCGAGCUGACCACUCUGAAAACCAGCAAUGCAAGAUUAACAAGCGCGUUACAAGAAUCUACAGCUAAUGUCGACGAAUGGAAGAGGCAGUUGCAAUCAUACAAGGAAGAAAACGCCAGGAUAAAAGCCAAAUAUGCUGAUUUGGAGGCUGGCAAAAUUGCGGAAGGGAACAGUGAAGCCCUGAGAUUAAGAGUCGAAGCGUUGGAAAGUGAAUUAAGAACGCGAAAUGAAGAAAUCAAAGCUCUCACAAUGGCCAACAAAAAUAAGGAUUUUGUGGCUCUGCAAAAGGAGAAUGGAGAACUUCGCGAUAUGUUGAAUGUAGUUCAUGAACAAUUAGAAAUUGCGAUGAGUGCGAAUAAGGUCCAAAAGCAAAAUUUGGAAACGUUAAACGCCAGAUUAGAUGGCUUUAUACAGGGUUUGGUAACUAUACAUCGAGAAAUUACGCAUACACUGCAAACUUAAGUUUGCGCCAUAGGUAAACCUAAGAAUGCCUUUCUUAGGUCUUUUGUAUUUACUAUUAUAAGCGCGAUGUGCGAAUGGAUGAUGUAGAUUAAUACAAAAGAGAGGCGUUCAACAAAAAUCGGACGCUGAUCGAGCGAAAAAUUAUAAGGUACACCGAGAAAUUAGUCGUCUCGAAAAUAGUACAUUACGGAAGAAAUUGCUCCCUUUAACAUGUAUUUAUACAUGAAUCGACCUGACAUUAGUAUUUAGCGUUUCUCUUUAGAGAUAAGUUUCGUGCCAUAAUCGUGUUAUUGUUACAUAGGAUAGAACACUUAACUUUAUCACCUUUCUUCCGACAUUGCUUCACAUUCGAAGCAAUAUAUAAAUCUAGUCUAAAAUGUGCAUUUCAUUUGGUCGGUGAAAUUGCAAAGGUGACCUGAAAUUUUCUUUCGUGAGUUGAAAUCAUUUUUCCUACAUCUUUCCUAAGUGUGGUUUUCAGAGAUAAGUUUCAGAAGGUUUUGCGGCUUGUGAUAGUCGUCCAUGUAUUUUCAUGUUUGCUACAAUAGGACGUGAAUAUUCACUAGCGGCAGAUGGGCCAAGCUCUCGCGUCAAAUUUUCAUAUCAAAUAUCGAAGUCACUUUAAUAUAGCUUUGUUGUUGAAAUUAAAAAAUAUUCAACUAUAUUUUCUCCUUCUCUCAGUUUAUUGAGCUUGCGAAUUUUGUCUAGGACAUACGUGAUUCCUCAGAAAUUGUUGGCGCGCAUGCAUAUCUCAAUGUAACAUCAUAAAAGAGUUGCGACUUAACUUUUACAAAAUGGCACAAAAGGAGUGCUUGUACAUAUAAAAACACAAAAAGAGUAAAUAAAACGUGGACAAUAAAAAAAUCAAUUUUAAAUAAUUUUUAAUAUGUGACUGAAGGAGAAUGUAUUAGCAUCUUUUUAUGCAUUCUCUCAUUUCUAAUUAUAUAUUCUCUAAAAUACUUUCUAAUUCACAAUUCUAUAAUAUAAAAUGACAUAAUGCUGUAUUUUUAUUUUCUUUUUUUUUUUUUUUGUUAUUCUCCAACAGAUUUCGAUUUUAGAACCUCUAUUCUUCUAUUUUAGGUAUAAGACAAACAGCAACAGAGAUGAUAAAAGAGUAAAGUUAAAUUUAAAUUAAACAUUCUGCCCAUAAUUCUUGAUCAAUUUUUUCAGUAUUGAUUUUCCAAUAUUUGCACAAGCACUAUCUUUUAUGUAAAAGUCUGUGGUACAAUUUCCCAUAUAAUGUUAUGAGAUGGUAAAGUUAGGUGUUCUCAUUCUGUAAAGUUCUAUACAAAAGGCAUACAUUUAUUGUUGAAUUUACCGUACAUGAAUACCAUUCUUAUGUAUAAAAUACAGUAGAACGACGGCUGUCCCAAGUUAUUGUGAGAGAAAUGUUUUCGUACAAGCGUCUCCCUGCGAAUAAUUCAUCUAAACGAGAAAACAAAAAGCACAAAAUAAUAUUCUUCCAAAAAUUAGAACAGCUACUUCCUUACACGCAUUAUUUAACUUAAACUUUACAUCGCCUCACAACUGCUAUUUCUUUCACAAUGCUAUUAUAUGAUGUAGAUUAUGUGUGUGUGUGUGUAUGUGUGUCUGUGCGCACGCGUAUGCGAAUGUGCGUAUAUACACAUAAUACACACACACACACACAUACGGAUAGGUAGAGUUCAUUAGACGUCACGCACUUUUUCUCGCCUUCAUCUUUUUUGGCCUGUUUAAUACAAGUUUUCUGUCAAGAAAUUUGUUACUAUCUCUUUUACAACUUUGUGCAGCGGUUCAAUAUAACAAAACGCUAUUCUUCAAACGAAUCUUUAGCAAGAUUUUUAAUUUGAGAAUAAAUUUACAAACUAUUUAGUAGUUUUGCAAAAGAAGUGACUGACGCAAAUCAACUUUGGGCGACGGAAAAACGAUUACAAAUUGAUCAAAAAAUCCAUAAAUGAAAGAAAGUGCUACGGAAGUCCGAGACAGCUUGUACAUAUGUUCAUUUUAGCUUUAAAUCCUGCAAUAAUCGUGCGACGUGUCAUUACAAAGCUACGUGUAGAUUUGUCAUGUAUCCUCAUAUCGUAUAAUACUGUAUCACCGUAUCGUGGCGUUUAUUAUGGAACAAAAAGGCAUAACGCGAUUGAUCAACUUUCGUAUGAUACUUGUUGCUACGCUGUAAUGUAUGAUAUGGGAAGCAAAUUUAAUUAUGUUGCACUGUAUUGUGUCGCUAUUUGCGAUACUUCGGUAGAACGAGGAUAUGUAACGGAUCUAUACGUGGAUUACGAUUUAUCACUUUAUUUAUCCGCUUAUUAACUGCAUCAUUUUUACAUUAUUUUAAAUUCUCACGUUGAGAUCUGAGGUACGUAUAUUUUGAAAAAAAUUUACUCAAACUCGCAUAAAACUCGCGACUACCAAGCGUUGGUACAUUAGUAGUGGAAGUUGAAGAGCAAUGUUAUAUUUAACAGAAAAGUAAUCUUACUGCUAAAUAAUUUAUUUAUUUAAGGAAUUUGGCAUUGUUUGUUUACUUUGCACUAUACGAUAACUUUCGUAUUAUAUAUAUACACACACACACACACACCAUAUUAUGUGAAAAUUGUAUUUUACAUACAUGGAAAGAAUCUCUUGUGUUUCAUUUUUUAUCAUGAAUUGUUACUCUUAAAGUAGAUAAUUUCCUGUGAAUUGUUACUCUAUAUUGGUUUUCUAAUUAAUCUACACUCGAAUUAAUCCAUGUUUUACUGAACGAUAUAAAGAUGCUUCAAUUUUUCAUGACAUAUACUGAAACUAAUUAUUGUUGCACGAAUCGCGACACGCGCAUUUAUUAAUUAAGUAACAACUAUGCGCACUCGUAUAUUAAGCCCAUUGAAAGAUAUGCAAUAAUUUGUAAGACAUGUAUCUCUUCUCGCGAAUUUGUAUAAAUCUUUUGUAAUUUGUAUACAAGAAUUUAUGUUGAAUGCACAUGUCGGUUACGUUUUUCUUUGUCUCUCGAUUAUUAUUAAUAUCAUGAUUAUAAAAAGAUAUUGCUGUUAUAUUAUCGUUGCUAUCGCUGCUAUUUCAACUAUUGCGAUCAAUACUGAUGCUAUUAUUAAGUCACUCAUAUCUUUCUCUAUUAUCACUACGGUCCAAACCUUUCUCUCCUCUCCCUCUCUCUCUUCUCCCCCUCCCCCCUCUCUCUCUCUCCAUCUGUUUUUAACAUCUUUAUUAUAUCGUUAAAUUUAUUUAUGUUAUUGCGAGUGGCAUUGCCAUUAGAAAUAUCUUUACCAGUGUUACAAAGCACCUGCGUGUUACUUGCGCGCCUGCGAUAAUAUUUAGUAAUUAUAUAUAAAAAAAAAUACAUAAAACAUAUCAAGAACAUAACACAAUUUCUCUUUAUCACAGGUACAAUAAUCCUUAUGAAGAUUUGGAUUGUUGUCCGACAACAAUCUUAACAUGGUAGAUGGCCUUGACUAUACAGGCUGGUCCGUUAUUACAUUAUUGCAACUGAAAAGUUGCACCUCGCGUGAAAAGUAAGUCUCGAAGGAGUAGGAGAUUAUUUCAUACAAUUUUAUUUCUCUCCGAGAAAAUUGUAUUUCUGAAAUUCAAAAAUUGUCUCACCGGUUUAGCUCGCGCUAAACUUUCGCGUUAUAAAACAUACAUUUUUAUUCAUAUUUCGAAUUUUGUAUCUAGAGUUAAAAUUACGAUUUGUAUCGCGAACAUUCUGUAUAGUCAAGAAAGUACGACGUAUGAUUUAAAAAUGCGUGUAAUAUGAUUCUUUACUGCGCACAAUUUAGAGACGUCAAGUGUGAGAUUGAUAUGUUUGACAAAGAAUUUUUAUUACGCAGAGAUUGUGUGUUGAUUUCAUCUUUACAAGACCUUGCGAUGCGUGUUGAAAAUAUACAUUUUAUUGUUAAGAGAACUAUGUAUCAUAUUCUGCAAAGUAUAAGAGAUUCAUUAUCAGAUUA